AAUUUAUCUGUUCUGUACUUUGUUUAAUUAUUCUUAUCAGCUUCCAAUAAGUUCAUUAAAGUGAUUAUGAAGGCAAAAUUCUUUCCACCUAUAAACUUAUCUCUCUAAGUUCAUAUUGGUUAGAGUGCUUUAACGUUCCGUAGGUUGUGCCGAUUUUCAUGGAUUUUGAAUCUGUCAAAACAAACAGCUGAUAUAUGUGACAGUUAAUGGCCAUAAUUAUACAAAACUUGCUUUUUACAUAGUGCUAUAAGUGAUAUGAUUAUUUUUAAUCUUAAGAUUGUACUUCAAAAUGGGGUCUGGUUCUAAUAAUUAUUUAAAAUUCGUUAUAUUCUUGUUUGUGUGUGUUGUGGGGGUUAAAACACAAAAUGUAACAUUAACCAUACCUUUGAAUAAAACAACCAGUUUAACAAAUAAAGAACUAUUCGGAGAAUUUGUUAAUCUAAAUGCAUCAUCAACUCUACAAGUUAGUUUUGUAAAUGUUACAAAAUCAAUAUCAUUUAUAAUAUUCCAAGUGCAUAGUCACUAUUAUAAUGUUACUGUAUAUAAUAAUACAUUAACAAAAACUUCAUCAGUUUAUGGUACAAAUGUUGGAUUGUAUAGUACUGUGAAGCCACCGUUGGACAAAUUUUAUGUCUCCAAUCAGAAUUCAGUUGAUAUUAAGCUAUAUAUUGUAGUACAUGGCUAUGGACUCACAGAUCCGAUACCUGGUGGUUGUAAUAUGGAAUUCCAACCGUUAACAUCACCUUCCAUGCAUACAUCAUACACCAAUGACUAUGUCCUUGUUGAAGCAGCGUCAGCAAGAGAUUCCUCCGAUAUAACUUGUACUGCUAUAAAUGAUGUCAAUGUGGUAUUUUAUUUGAUGUACAUAGAAGAGAGGAAUUUCAAAUCAGAUGUUUACUUUGAAGGAAUAAAGAGUAUGUUAACGUUGGAAAAUAUUACAGAUAAUGCUGAAAUUGUACCUCACACAAAAUGGAGUAUGCGUCGUAUGCUGAGCGCGUAUCCCGGCACCGGCGCCAUAUACGUUGCCGUCGCGUACAGUGCGCUAAACAGUAGUGCAUAUUCCGUGUACGUGCCUACAUACAGCUACGCUUGUUCACCACUCGACGACGAUUGCGAACUGCUUGAUGAUGUCUUCUCUCAGCUACUAUGUGCCUCUCUGCUGUUCUUCGGUAUAUUUGUAUGCUAUUUCGGACAUCGGUUCUUUAAGACUGAAAUGUUUCUGAUUGGUUUAGUCAGCGGUGUGAUUAUCACUUACAUACUUAUAUCGCUGAUUGCGGAAUUGGAACGACCGGCUCUCUUAGGUGCAGCUAUAUUAUCAGGUGUUUGUUUUGGCUUCAUUUGGCUGUUGUUUUGGUGGUUCUAUGGAAUUCCUGUUUUUGCUGUUUUAUUAUCUACAUUGAAUUUAGGAUUUCUGUUCGCUGCGUUCAUUUAUUUUGGACUUCCAGGUGGUUUUAAAGUACUCGAGGUUGAAUUUAACUUUUGGACUUUAUUUAUUUUAAUAAUGUCGAUAACAUCCCUAAUCCUGCUCUCUACGACGUUUCUAUCAAACAUCUUGUGCUGUGCAAUCCUCGGCGCGUACGCGACUUUAUACCCUAUCGACUACUACGUAGGGUCCAAUUUGAAGUACAUAAUGAUUAACACAGUGCGCAGAGCUGUCGUGCCCAACUUCUAUAAUGCGGUACUUGCGCCGCCGUUUCAAUGGCCAGAUGCCCUGAUUACACUCCUCUGGUUGUCUCUGGCGACCAGCGGCUUCCUCUUCCAACACUACCAGAACAGAAACAAGCCGCCCUUCCCCCCGCCGCCGCGCAGCGUCAGACCGAGCCUGCCGCACAUGUACGGCAUUGACAGAAGAUACCGCAAUAUUUCUCGAAGACCAGCCAUGUCAGCGCGUGAGCAGACCGAAAAUACUCCAUUGUUAUCGUAAGAAAUAAUUAAAAUGACAAAAUUCUCCAA